AUGGAUAAUGAAUAUACAAUUGAACAAUUUUAUAAUGAUUUACUAUUAAAUAUUUUGCCUGAAGAAAAUCGGGAGUUAGAAGUUAAAGCUUUUUUAGGAAAACAUGAAAAUGGUAAUGAAAAAAAAUGUAUGAUUUUUGAUUUUAUUGAUUAUCUUCAAGAAAAUAAUGCAGGAUGGGUUGAAAAAGAUGUAGUUGAAAGUCUUGGACAAGAAUUUGUUAAAUAUGUAACAGAAGCAAUCUGGUAUAUUGAUAUGUGUGAUUCUUUAGUAUCAUAUGUAUUAUAUUUAGAUAAUCAAACAAAGAUUAUAAAUGAAAAUCACAUCCUGGAUAAAUCAAUUCAUUCUAUUGCAGAUUCUGGAACUACUAUCAUUUAUAAUACUAAUAAGUUUCAUCUAAGUGAUGUUAUAAAUAAAUAUGAAACAUUAGUUAAUGUUUUGCAAGAAUUAGAAUAUUGGAUUCUAGCAUUACAAUUUAGUAAUCCAAAAAUUGUAAUUGAUUUGCAUGAAUUAAAUCUUAGUCAGUUAGAAAAGUAUAAUGUUUUCUGGAAAUAUUGUCAAAAAUUUCUGGAUGGUACCAUAAAAAAUUCAGUAGAUUCUUUAUUAGCUGUUGAUGAAUGA